CCCUCAAGUUAACUAACCCCAACCACAAACAAAACACCAACAGUACUUAUCACAAUUAUCUCUGCUUUGAAUUCCUCCUCUCACCAUGCCGUCCUACAAACUCACCUACUUUGAGCUACAGGGUGGUCGAGGAGAGAGUAUUCGCCUCGCGUUUCAUUGCGGCGGCAUCCCGUUCAUCGACGAGCGCCUGACUAGUGAGCAGUUCGGCAAGAUCAAGGAUAGCUGUCCGUUCGGUCAAGUGCCCGUCCUGACGGUCGAUGACAAGACCGUGAUCCCUCAAGAGGGAGCGAUCUUACGUUACGUUGGCCGACUGUCUGGGACUUAUUCGGACGAUAGAGAGAAGGCUGUGAAGCAAGAUAUCAUGUUGAACUUUGGCGAUGACAUCUACUCUAUCGCGGCUACGUUUUUUGCGCAGGACCACCCGGGAAAGGAGGAGUUGAAGAAAAGGAGCGUUGAUGAGCGCAUCCCCAAGACUCUCGGUCAUCUUGACAAGUACCUUUCCAACCAAGGGACGACCUUCAGCGCUGGAAACGAUCUGAGCAUCGCAGAUUUCAAACUCUAUGCGGCACUCAUGCUUAUCAAAUCUGGUAUGCUUCAAGGCUUAUCCCUCGAUAUCGUCGACAAGUACACCCACGUCGCAAAACUCUACCAAGCGAUCGAAAAGCAUGAAAAGGUCGCUAGUUGGUACAAGAGUCGGGCUCAGUAGGCUCUUGGAAUCCACUUACCCAAACAUUGUCCACCAAGCAAAAUCUAUCAUUCUCCCAGACAAUCAAACCAACUAUUCUCCAUCAACAAGCAGAAUUAGCUAUUUGUAUCAACAUUAUAAGAAUGUGUUCGUUGGUUGAUCCUUGUGAAGCUCUACUGGAGCUAACCUACAAUUACCGUGUGUAACAUGAAUACAUGUUUCAUGGCUGUCCUUCUUGGAGCUUGUAUGCUGAUGAGGCAAGGCAAAGGGGGUAAAGGGCCAAUGAGUGAAGGGAAUGUUGUAUUGGAAUCACUUGGUUUGUGUUGAUCAUACACCGACAUCAAUGGAUUUGUUAAACAGGACACUA